CAACGACGCGGCCCAGCCUGGCACCUUCCAGGCCAGGGACAACGUCUCCAACUUCAUCCAGUGGUGCAGGAAGGAGAUGGAUAUUAAAGAGGUGCUGAUGUUUGAGACGGAGGACCUGGUGCUGAGGAAGAACGAGAAGAAUUUUGUGCUGUGCCUGCUGGAGCUGGCACGCCGGGCGUCCCGCUUCGGCAUGAGCGCCCCGACCCUUGUCCAGAUGGAGGAGGAGAUCGAGGAGGAGCUGCGCGAGGAGCUGGACCUGCUGCUGGGGGAGGCCCCGCCACCCCGGCCCCUGCGGAGACCCCAGGACCUCCAGAACCUGGACCAGAUGGUCCGGCGCCUGGUGAGCCGCUGCACCUGCCCCGUGCAGUUCGCAAUGAUCAAGGUGUCAGAGGGGAAAUACCGUGUGGGAGACUCCAACACCCUCAUCUUUGUCCGGAUCCUGCGCAGCCACAUCAUGGUGCGGGUCGGCGGGCACGAGGGAACUGGGGCGAUCUUGCUCCGCGUCGGGGCAUCCGCCCGUUCCCAGCCGGCCGCGAGCAGGGAGCUCGGCCCGGGACAAGAGGUAGAAAACGGGUACUUUUCCUGGGAAACCCGCUGCGACGCCAGAGGGGUGAGAGCGGGCCGGCGGUGGCACUACUGGGAGCAUCUCAAGAUUAUUUGGCGGGGGCAGGAAAGGGCUUCCCGGGGGAAACUGGAGCAGAAGCGGGGGGACGCAGGCACCUACCGGCUCCUGGGCGCGAACCCCCGGGAAGGGGCGGUCGUCAGCACGGGACAGGGGGUGGUCAGCUGA